UCCCGGCAUGCCCCGCGGCCGCGCGAUGGCGGCGGCGGCCGCGUCUCCCAGCCCGGAUCUGUUCGACGAGAUCGUGAUGGCCGAGGAGAGGUUUCAUGGUGAGGGGUAUCAGGAGGGGUAUGCUGAAGGCAGUCAAGCUGGAGUUGUUGAGGGAAGGAGGUAUGGAUCACUCCAUGGUGCCAAGAUUGGCUCUGAGAUUGGCUGCUACCUGGGCUUUGCACUGACAUGGCACUGUCUGCUCCAGAAAUGCACAGAUGAAAAGAGCAGCAAAAAGAUGAGGGCUCUGGAUUCAUUAAUAGGGAUGAUUCAGAAAUUCCCAUAUGAGGACCCCACUUAUGAUAAGCUGCAAGAAGAUCUGGAAAAAAUCAGAGGAAAAUUUAAACAGGUUUGUUCAAUGCUAAAUGUUCAGUCUGGUUUUAGAAUUGGUACUGAAAGAUCUUCACUAACAUUUUGAAUGUAACAGAUGAAGAUAAGCAUGGAUGACCAAGGAAGAAACAUUUAAAAUCCCCAGAUAACUGGAAGAGUGUUUAUCUACUCUUAACUUAAACAAAACCAAAAUAGUGGAGAGGUGCUAAAUUUCAAAGGGGAAAGGGAAAUGAGCACUGACCUUGCAAUAGUACUUCUCAAAUGUAAUUUAACUUUUAUUAUCUCCAGAUUUUAUUUAGGAUCACUGAAAUACCAGUGUGUAAACUUGGGAAAUAGUUGCUUUAAUCCCUCACUAGCCUUGCACUGAUAGAUGAAUUCCUCACAAUGAAAACAUAGGCAUUUGCAAAGUCUCCCUAUUGAAAGGGUGUAUGUUAUUUAAAAAUCUGUGAGUGCAGAUCAUUCAGUUUACACAAUGUGUAGAUACUGUAGGUGAAGGAAAGUAAAACAUAAUGAAUUGCCUGCAGACUUUGCAGUGAGAAACAUUUUUGUGGGUAGAGAGUAGCCUGACAAAUGGUGUCAGAAUGUGAAGGAGAAGGGUUAAGAGACCUGCUCAGAAAGCAGCUGCAACUCAGAACAUGGAAUUUGCACUUUCCACUAGUUCUGCAGACUGAUCCAGUGUGGGGGGAAAAACCCAACAACCCCCCAAAAACCAAAUUUAAGUGAUUGGUGAUAAAAACAUGACUACCAGAAGAGCUGUGAUACUGAUGUACUGUAUUUAUUAGAGCUUUUUAUCAAGGAAUAGCUCUUUAUUUUCCAGUCUUGAAAAUACACUCUUUAUUCUCAUUCCAAAGAAUGGAUGCAGACAGCUGGAUGGAUUCAGCUGGGCUAGUUCAAGAGAAAUACAGUCAGUUAUUUUACCUGGAGCAUGUUUUUUGGCUGGGCUGCUAGGUGGCUUUGCCCACCAUUUGUAAUACAGUUAUAUACUGAAUUCUAGAAGACCUUUCCUCAGUUGUAGCACAUGCAUGUCUGGCUAAGUCUACAUGACAUGAGGAGAGAUUUGGCCACUGUGCAGAGCAAGCCAGCUUAGGGGAAGGACAUGUUUUAAUACUGCCAGACCCUUCACCAGCACUGCUUCGUGCCAUCUAGACCAUAGGUAUCCAUUUAUUUCAAAAUAAUCUGUGUUUCCUGAGUAUGCCAAUAUCAGAGGCUUUGUUUUUUUGGUUGCUGGUGCACGUUUUUGUGUUUCUUUAAUGAUCUUAAAUGGUUUAAGUGUUCAAACAGCUUUGACACACAUAGUGAGUGUCAGGGCCAUCUAGUGGAGGAGGUCGUUGUAUCGGGUAAGAAACAGAUCAUAAGAGUUCACAAAUAUUUAUAGUUAAAAGUUGUUAAAACAGUACAGAACAUCUGUACACAUGAGACAGCUCAACAAAUGGUGUGUAUUUCUCUGAAAUAAAGGAAUACUGAGGUAGGCUUCAUUUGUAGUUGUUUCCUCACUGGGAGACCUUGGAAGGGACAUGACAGCGUUGAUGAUCUCUUCGUUUAGGGCAGUUUGAGUGCAGUUGGAUUCUAAUUGUUAGGCAGCUAAACCACUGGGAACCAGAACAAGCACCAAAAUGCAAGUACCUGAAAAUAGAAGCAAAACAAAAUAGUGUAUCCUGUAAUCUCAGUACAUAGAUAGGCACAAACCAGAAAGAUUACAUGCUAGGGAAAAGAAAAAGCUGAUUAAACUCCAUCAUCACUUCAGAGAAAUCCCAACUUGAAAAAGUUGUCUCUGCAUCCACAAACCAGUUUGGUUUUGCAAAUCAAAGUAUUUUACCUGUUUACUUCAAAGUAAUGAAAGGUACUACGUGUUCAUCUGUGAUUGACCCUCUCUUUUUAACCCACAAAUAAUGCUUUAAAUAAACUCCCCCUGGAUCUUGGUCUAAAAAAGGCAGGUUUGUUGUUCUUCUGAAUGAUAGGACGAAGAUACAAUUGCUGGAGGUUUAAGUAUUCAUGUUUUAAAGUGUGGCCUUUUUUGGAAUCUUUGUAUGUGAUUUACAAAAAUGUAUGUAAAAGCAAGGGAAGGCAUCAAAGUAUCUGUGAAGCAUUUGAUUACUAGAAUGUGUAAGAUCUGUGUAGAAUGUGCAAAGUGCUGCUCUGGAGAUUGUAUCCAAAACCAAAUUCUUUUUGUUCUACCAAAGAGAGAAAGGAUCUUAGCAGAUCAAGCAUUUAAUGACUGUUAUUUUGAAAACUGGUUUGGUGGCUGAUUUUCUUGUAUUACUUUUAAUUUCCUUUAUAACAAAUGUACAUUAUUAGACUAUAUUCUUUAUAUAUGUAUAUAUGUACAUAUUUAACCCUAAAGAUUGUAUUCCAGCUGGGAUAUGCCAAAUUCAGGGUUGCCUGUUAGGUCUUUCAUUUAGCUCCAUAUGUACCAAUGGAGUCUCUUUUUCCUGGAGUCUGUAUUUUUCUGAAUAUCUUCUGUCUCGUGUCCUGAUGGUGUUUAUUAAAUGAGGUACAGUUUAAAAUUC